GCGCGGCUUCUUCCGCGUCCUCUCGGGCGCCCGGUCGCCUGCUCCGCCAGGCCCGGGCUGGCGGCCGGCGGGGGUCGCAGCGGCGGCGGCGGCAGUGGCGGAGGCGCUGGCGACUCAGGCUCAGGUUCGGAGCGUGGAGACAAGAUGGCGGCGGCGCUCCGGAGCCUGGCCUCCUCCUCCUCCUCCUCGCCGCUCUCCGCCCCACCGCUUGCUGCCUCCUCCUCCAUCGUCUCCUCCUCCUCCUCGUGCAGCAGCACCAGCGAGCGCCGCGGCUCCGGGCCGCUCUCCUGGAGCUCGGGAGGGGGUUAGAUCGGGCCUUGGGCGAGCAGGCGACGAGGCCGAAGCUGGGGCCCGGGCGGGGACGACGACGGCGGCGGCGGCGACGCCGGGUGGGGAUGGGGUCGCAGACGCUGCAGAUCCUCCGGCAGGGGGUGUGGGCCGCGCUUAGCGGCGGCUGGUACUACGACCCGCACCAGGCCACCUUCGUGAACGCGCUCCACCUCUACCUGUGGCUCUUUCUGCUCGGCCUGCCCUUCACGCUUUACAUGGCCCUUCCUUCUUCGAUGAUUAUAGUAGCAGUUUAUUGUCCCGUGGUAGCUGCUGUUUUCAUUGUUCUGAAGAUGGUCAACUACCGACUACACAGAGCACUUGACGCUGGAGAAGUUGUAGAUAGGCGCACAAAUGAGUUCCCAGACCAGCGAGCCAAAGCCGAACAAGGCAACUGUUCAACAAGGAGGACAGACAGCAAUGGUCCAAGUGAUCCUGGUGGAGGGAUUGAGAUGUCAGAAUUCAUUCGAGAGGCCACACCUCCAGUUGGUUGCAGUUCAAGAAAUUCUUAUGCUGGUCUGGACCCAAGCAACCAGAUUGGAUCCGGAUCCUCUCGACUUGGAACAGCAGCAACUAUUAAAGGAGACACAGACACUGCUAAGACUUCUGAUGACAUAAGCUUAAGUCUGGGCCAGAGCUCCAGUCUCUGUAAAGAAGGAAGUGAAGAACAAGAUUUGGCGACUGAUCGCAAGCUCUUCCGCCUGGUCUCCAAUGACUCCUUCAUCUCUAUCCAGCCUUCCUUGUCCUCUUGUGGACAGGACUUACCAAGGGACUUCAGUGACAAAGUGAGCCUGCCAAGUCAUAGCCAGCACCACCAUGUCGAUCAGUCCCUGUCCAGUGCCUGUGACACAGAAGUGGCUUCUCUCGUACCUUUACAUUCACACUCUUACAGGAAAGAGCACCGGCCACGAGGAGUGCCACGGACUUCCAGUUCUGCUGUGGCUUUUCCUGAUGCCUCUCUGAAUGACUUUCCUCUUUACCAGCAGAGACGGGGAUUAGACCCAGUCAGUGAGUUAGACUCUUCUAAGCCCCACUCUGGGUCUAGAGAGUCCUUAGUGGAAAAGCCCUGCCCACCUGCAGAAUCUCAGCCUGCUGGUGCCCUGAGGAAAAGUAAUUCUCAGCCCCCCACAAAGUGUGGGAAGAGCAGAGCGCUGAAUGCUGACAAAAGUGUGGACAGCCUGAGGAGCCUGAGCACACGGAGUAGCGGGUCCACCGAGAGCUACUGCAGCGGGACCGACAGGGACACCAACAGUACUCUGAGCAGCUAUAAAAGUGAGCAGACCAGCUCCACUCACAUCGAGAGCAUCGUGUCUGAGCACGAGGAGUCUCCCAAAGUGGGAAAGAGGAAUGCCAGAAAGAAGGGCUGUGCUGACUCAGCAGAAGAGAGGCGCCAUGGUGCUGGUGACCAAAGGACUAGCAGUGACAAGACUGCCCCAGAGGGGAGUGAAUCUGGUGGGCCUCCUGAGGACCCAGAUGCUCAGGCAUCCGGGGAGGUACCUGACCAGGUUGCUCCUAGCAGCUCUGCUUCAGAAGAUGCCAAUAAAAACCCCCAUGCACAUGAGUUUACUGUCGCUGGGGACAGGCCAUCCGAGCAGAGUGCAGAGAGCAAAGAGGAGCAGAGCGAGAAGCCCAGCAUUUCCACAGACCCCAGAGUUUGUAGAGACAGUGGUGGGAAGCAGAAGGAAGGUGAUGUCCGACCCAAAUCCUCCAGUGUAAUCCACCGGACAACCUCUGCCCACAAGCCAGGCAGAAGGCGCGCAGGAAAGAAACGGGCCAGCAGCUUUGACUCCAGUCGCCAUCGGGACUAUGUUUCCUUCCGAGGAGUCUCUGGCAGCAAGCCUCACAGUGCUGUGUUUUGUCACGACGAGGACUCUAGUGAUCAAAGUGACUUGAGCAGAGCACCAAGUGUGCAUUCUGCUCACCAAUUCAGCAGCGAUAGCUCUUCCAGCGCCACCUCCCAUUCGUGCCAGUCUCCUGAGGGCAAAUACAGUGCCCUCAAGACCAAACAUGGCCAUAAGGACCGGGGCACAGACUCGGACCACACACACAGAGCUCAUGCAGGUCCUGAGGGAACCGCCAAAAAGAGGGCCACUCGAAGGACUUCCAGCACAAAUAGUGCCAAGACACGGGCUCGGGUGCUGAGCUUGGAUAGUGGCACUGUGGCCUGUCUGAAUGACACAAACAGGCUGCUGGCACCUGAAAGCAUAAAGCCCUUAACCACUUCAAAGUCUGAUCUUGAGGCCAAAGAGGGAGAGGUGCUAGAUGAGCUGUCUUUGCUGGGCCGGGCUUCCCAGUUAGAGACAGUCACUCGGUCUAGGAAUAGUCUGCCAAGCCAGGCUGCCUUUCCUGAAGGGGAAGAACAAGAUGCAGUCCCUGGAGCAGCACAGGCCAGCGAGGAGGCAGUGGCCUUUCGCCGUGAACGCAGCACAUUUAGGCGCCAGGCAGUACGGCGCCGGCACAAUGCAGGGAGUAACCCUACCCCUCCCACCUUGCUCAUCGGAUCGCCCCUAAGCCUUCAAGAUGGUCAGCAAGGCCAGCAGUCCACAGCCCAGGUCAAAGUCCAGUCCCGCCCCCCAUCCCAGGCUGCAGUGCUCAGUGCUAGUGCCUCCUUGCUGGUGAGAAAAGGGAGUGUCCACUUAGAAGCCUCACAUGACCAUGCAUCUGCUGUAGGCGGCAGCAGUUUGCACGAUGAACUUGGUAAGUUCUCAUCUACGCUCUACGAGACUGGUGGCUGUGACAUGUCACUUGUGAAUUUCGAACCAGCAGCAAGAAGAGCAUCCAAUAUCUGUGACACGGAUUCUCAUGUAUCAAGUUCUACCUCAGUUCGAUUUUAUCCACAUGAUGUGUUUUCUCUCCCACAGAUUCGGUUGAACAGGCUGUUGACCAUUGACACAGAUCUGUUGGAGCAACAGGACAUUGAUCUAAGCCCUGACUUGGCAGCCACUUAUGGCCCCACUGAAGAAGCUGCCCAAAAAGUUAAACACUAUUACCGCUUUUGGAUCCUACCCCAGCUGUGGAUUGGUAUUAACUUUGACAGACUCACACUUUUGGCGCUGUUUGAUAGAAACCGUGAGAUCCUGGAGAAUGUAUUAGCUGUCGUCCUGGCUAUUCUUGUGGCUUUUUUGGGAUCCAUUCUUCUCAUCCAAGGCUUCUUCAGAGACAUCUGGGUGUUCCAGUUCUGCCUGGUGAUAGCUAGCUGCCAGUACUCACUGCUCAAGAGUGUCCAACCAGAUUCUUCCUCUCCCAGACAUGGUCAUAAUCGUAUCAUUGCCUACAGUAGGCCAGUUUACUUCUGUUUAUGUUGUGGUCUUAUUUGGCUCUUGGAUUAUGGCAGUAGAAACCUAACUACAAGCAAGUUCAAAUUAUAUGGAAUAACUUUCACCAAUCCACUGGUGCUUCUAUCAGCCAGGGAUUUGGUUAUCGUGUUUACACUCUGUUUCCCAAUAGUAUUUUUCAUUGGUCUCCUGCCUCAGGUGAACACGUUUGUAAUGUACCUUUGUGAACAAUUGGAUAUCCAUAUCUUUGGUGGGAAUGCCACCACCAGCCUGCUAGCAGCGCUGUACAGUUUCCUCUGCAGCAUUGUGGCCGUCGCCUUGCUGUAUGGGCUGUGCUAUGGAGCUUUAAAGGAUUCAUGGGAUGGCCAGCACAUUCCAGUGCUUUUUUCUGUUUUUUGUGGUUUGUUAGUGGCCGUGUCCUAUCAUCUCAGCCGACAAAGCAGUGAUCCCUCUGUACUCUUCUCUUUGAUGCAAUCCAAGAUUUUUCCAAAAACUGAAGAGAAAAACCCAGAAGACCCUCUAUCCGAAGUAAAAGACCCACUGCCGGAAAAGCUUAGCAAUUCUGUUAGUGAGCGUUUGCAGUCCGACCUGGUGGUGUGUGUCGUUAUUGGCGUGCUGUAUUUUGCUAUCCAUGUAAGCACAGUGUUCACAGCACUGCAGCCUGCUCUCAAGUAUGUGCUCUAUGCACUGGUCGGCUUUGUGGGCUUUGUCACCCAUUACGUGUUGCCCCAAGUAAGGAAACAGCUGCCGUGGCACUGCUUCUCCCGCCCUCUGCUGAAGACAGCCGAGCACAAUCAGUAUGAAGUUCGAAGUGCAGCCACUAUGAUGUGGUUUGAAAAGCUCCACGUGUGGCUGCUUUUCGUGGAGAAGAAUGUCAUCUAUCCAUUGAUUGUCCUCAAUGAGCUUAGCAGCAGUGCAGAGACGAUUGCCAGCCCAAAGAAACUGGAUGCAGAGUUGGGAGCUUUGAUGAUCACCAUCGCUGGCCUGAAGCUGCUGCGGUCCUCCUUCAGCAGCCCCACAUACCAGUACAUCACGGUCAUCUUUACUGUGCUCUUUUUCAAGUUUGACUAUGAAGCCUUCUCAGAGACAAUGCUGCUGGACCUCUUCUUUAUGUCCAUCCUGUUCAGCAAGCUUUGGGAGCUCCUCUAUAAACUGCAGUUCGUCUACACCUAUGUCGCACCCUGGCAGAUCACGUGGGGCUCUGCAUUCCAUGCUUUCGCCCAGCCCUUUGCGGUGCCCCACUCGGCUAUGCUGUUUGUUCAGGCAGUGGUGUCGGCCUUCUUCUCCACGCCGCUAAACCCCUUCCUCGGUAGCGCCAUCUUCAUCACCUCCUAUGUUAGGCCUGUGAAGUUCUGGGAGCGAGACUACAACACAAAACGUGUGGACCAUUCAAAUACCAGAUUGGCUUCUCAGCUUGAUAGAAAUCCAGGGUCAGAUGACAACAAUCUGAAUUCCAUCUUCUACGAACAUCUAACCAGAUCCCUGCAGCACAGUCUUUGUGGGGAUUUGCUGUUAGGAAGGUGGGGAAACUAUAGUACCGGGGACUGUUUCAUCCUUGCCUCUGACUAUCUCAAUGCAUUAGUACACCUGAUAGAGAUAGGCAACGGCCUGGUCACUUUCCAGCUGCGGGGGCUUGAGUUCAGAGGUACCUAUUGUCAACAGCGAGAAGUGGAAGCCAUCACAGAAGGUGUGGAAGAAGAUGAAGGAUUUUGCUGCUGUGAGCCUGGCCAUGUUCCUCAUGUGCUGUCCUUCAAUGCUGCAUUUGGCCAGCGCUGGCUGGCUUGGGAAGUGGUUGUCACUAAGUAUAUUCUGGAGGGCUACAGCAUCACCGACAACAGUGCUGCUUCCAUGCUUCAAGUCUUUGAUCUCCGCAGAGUACUUACCACCUACUAUGUCAAGGGGAUCAUUUAUUAUGUCACAGCCUCCUCUAAGUUAGAGGAGUGGCUUGCGAAUGAGACAAUGCAGGAAGGACUGCGUCUGUGUGCAGACCGGAACUAUGUUGACGUGGACCCGACUUUUAACCCAAACAUUGACGAAGACUAUGACCAUCGUCUGGCAGGCAUCUCUCGGGAGAGUUUCUGUGUGAUUUACCUCAACUGGAUAGAGUACUGCUCUUCCCGGAGAGCAAAGCCUCUAGAUGUGGACAGAGACUCUUCCCUGGUGACUCUUUGUUAUGGACUCUGCGUUCUGGGCCGGAGGGCUUUGGGAACGGCCUCCCACCAUAUGUCCAGUAACCUGGAGUCCUUUCUCUAUGGAUUGCAUGCCCUGUUUAAAGGGGACUUCAGGAUUUCUUCAGUCCGAGAUGAGUGGAUUUUUGCUGACAUGGAACUGUUGAGAAAAGUUGUAGUACCUGGAAUCCGUAUGUCCAUUAAACUCCAUCAGGACCAUUUCACUUCUCCAGACGAGUAUGACGACCCCACUGUGCUCUAUGAAGCCAUCGUGUCUCAUGAAAAGAACCUAGUGAUAGCCCACGAAGGGGACCCAGCAUGGCGGAGUGCAGUGCUCGCCAACUCCCCCUCCUUGCUGGCUCUGCGGCAUGUCAUGGACGACGGCACCAAUGAGUACAAGAUCAUUAUGCUCAACCGACGCCACCUGAGCUUCAGGGUCAUCAAGGUGAAUAAGGAGUGUGUCCGAGGUCUCUGGGCAGGGCAGCAGCAGGAGCUGGUUUUUCUCCGGAACCGGAACCCCGAGAGAGGCAGCAUCCAGAAUGCAAAGCAGGCGCUGCGGAACAUGAUAAACUCAUCUUGUGAUCAGCCUAUUGGCUACCCGAUCUUUGUGUCACCCUUGACAACGUCUUACUCUGACAGCCACGACCAGCUCAAAGAAAUCCUUGGGGGACCAAUCAGCUUGGGAAAUAUCCGGAACUUCAUAGUGUCCACUUGGCACAGGUUAAGGAAAGGUUGUGGAGCUGGCUGUAACAGUGGUGGCAAUAUUGAAGAUUCUGACACUGGAGGUGGCACUUCCUGUCCUGGUACCAACGCAGCCACAGUCAGUGAUCCCCACAGCACCGGGUCCCAAGGAAGCACUGGAAACCAGGGACAGGGACAGGCAGCAGGAUCGGGGCUGCACCCACCCACCACAGCGUAUCCUCCAACACUAGGCACUAGCCACAGCGCCCACUCGGUCCAGUCCAGUCUGGUCAGACAGUCCCCAGCGCGAGCCUCCAUGGCCAGCCAGUCAUCCUACUGCUACAGCAGCCGGCACUCGUCCCUCCGCAUGUCCACCACGGGGUUCGUGCCCUGUCGGCGCUCCUCCACCAGCCAAAUAUCUCUUCGAAACUUGCCGUCGUCCAUCCAGUCCCGCCUCUCCAUGGUGAACCAGAUGGAAGGCAGCAGCCAGGGCGGCACGGUCUGUGUGCAGCACGGCCUGCCCUCCUCCAGCAGCUCGAGCCAGAGCAUCCCAGCCUGCAAGCACCACACCCUUGUGGGCUUUCUUGGGGCAGAAGGCAGCCAGAGCGGAGCCCCUGAGGCCCAGCCGGGCAGCACCUUAAGUCCUGCUAGCAGUUCCCAUGCCAGAAAGGGGGAGGUGAUUUACAGGGUCCAGAUUGUGGAUCUCAGCCAGAUUCUGGAAGGGAUUAACCUAUCAAAAAGGAAGGAGCUUCAGUGGCCUGAUGAAGGAAUUCGGUUAAAAGCGGGGAGAAACAGCUGGAAAGACUGGAGUCCUCAGGAGGGCAUGGAAGGCCACGUGAUACACCGAUGGGUGCCUUGCAGCAGAGACCCAGGUACAAGGUCCCACAUCGACAAGACAGUGCUCCUGGUCCAGAUUGACGAUAAAUACGUGACUGUGAUUGAAACUGGGGUGCUAGAACUGGGGGCGGAAGUGUGAGCCUGCGCUGCACCCCUGCGCUCCUUUCUCUGGCUGAGAAAGUUAGGUUGCCGAAGUUCACCUGCAGGGACCGCCUGCCCUUCACAGCAGAGACUUGAACAGCGGCUUGGUUAAGCGCCUCCAGCCCGACUCCUGUCGCUGUCUCCAUCCCCAAAUAAAGCUGAAAUAUUUUUUUAAGUUA